AUGGUGAAAGAAUUAUCGCUACUCCUGCGGUUUCACAUUAAAAUAUUUCGUGCAUUUGGCUAUUGCACCUUGUCCUUUGAAAAUAAACAUAAGAGACAUUUGGAUCUACGCCUAUGGUCCUGUACCCUCAUGAUUGCAUUCAAUGUCAUCUCAUAUGUGGCCCUAUUUGGCAAUGAUGAUUUUCUCUUCAAUGGCGACAAAUUCGGCUACUUUAAUGAUUCGUUGAAAAUUAUAUUCGGUGAUAUGGCGGUAACAUGUUCAUAUUUGGAGUCCAUAUUACAACGAGUCUCCGUCCAUCAAUUUUGGGUGAUUUAUGGCGAAUUGCAGAAUCUCCAUCCCAACUGUAGUCGGAAAACGACUCAAGAUUUUUGGCUACAGGAAAUUAAGAAAAAUCGUCGAUUUUUGGUGACAUUUUACACGAUUGUCGUAAUUGAAAUUGGUGUUAUGCUAAUAUUUUUCUCCCUGCAAGAUAUGACGCGACACUUGGUACUGUUCUGGAGCGUUUUUGUACCGUUCAUUUUCACCGUGCAUAUGCGUAAUUUACAGUUUAUUUUCUACAUUGAAUUGAUACGCCAGGAGUUGGUGAAACUGCAACAGGAUUUAAGUUUAAUGGUCGACUAUUCACGUUUCCAGGCGUAUGGAAGUGGUUUUCGUGGUUUCGAGUUUUCAAAACUCAUUUGGAUUCUCGAUUAUUGCGGUGCUUUUGAUGAUUUAUGUCCGGGUAUUGGUUGA